AUGGCAAGCCACGAGGACACCCGGCAGGAGCUCCUGACCAAGCUCAAGGUGGCCGUGGACAUUCUGCUGGAGGUCGGUAGCGACGGGACCGAGAUCACAGAUGCUUCACUCGAGCUACGGUACUUUUGCCAGGUCUUUGAGGACAUUCUCCGCUGUGGCUUUCGCGUCAAACGCGGCUGGGCCUCGCGCAAGAAGGACUACUGGUCGUUCAUUGCCAACAUCGCCGACGUCUAUCCCGAGUCGCGCAACGCCGUAACCAACGUCCUGCACCUAACAGAAGUCAAGACAAACCAAGGCCGUGGCCGCGCCUGGUUCCGCAACGCCCUCAUCGAGGGCAAGCUUGCCGAGUACAUGACCGUCCUCCUCGCUGAUCCCGAGCUUGUCGACAAAUGGUACGAGCCUGAGGCCCUGUUCCAGCACCGCGAAGACGUCGCAGAGGUCAUUCUUGUUGUUUCUCAGCUCAACGCUCUCCACUUUUCGCUCUGCGCAAAGGACGUCGACCUCGACAAGACCUGGAAGGCCAUCGACCAGUCCGAGGUCCUGCGCGGUGCCCGCGAGCGCGCUGCCUCCCGCGCCACCGUUCCGCCAAGACCGCUGCCAGUGGCGCCCGAGUCAGCAGCCCCAGCCGAGCAUGCUGUCGAGCCGGCUGUCGAGCCAACAGCUGAGCACGCCGCUGCUACCAACGCCGUCCUCACCGCCCCAAAGCCGACGCCUUCGCGCCCGCUGCCUUCGCCGCGCGACCUCGACGAGCUUGGUCCGCCGGUUGCCCCGCUCACCUGGCAGUCAAUGACGCCGGUCAAGUCCAAGCCGAGCAAGAAAAAGAAGCGGAAGAAGAAGCGGAGCGACGACGAUGACGACGACGAGGAGCCCGACGGCGCCGAUGAGCUGGACAACAAGUCCGAAGCUGCGCCGGUGCCCGCGGCUACGCCCGCAUCUGCACCCGAGCCUGUGGCGUCAGACGCUCAUCUUGCCCGCUUGGCUGCGGCAGAAGCCGGCGAGGCCAAGGCCCGCUCGGAUCUUGAGCAAGCGCUCGCGGAGCACGCUGAUCGCGUCGCUGAGCUCGAUGCGCAGCACAAGGCCGAGCUCGAAGCAGCAAUGGCGGCAGCGGCGGCAGCAGCUGCCUCUAGCGAAGAGACAGCUGUUCAGCUCAAUGCCACCAAUGUCCAGCUGACCGCCAAGGCAGAUGCGCUGGUCGCAACCGAGUCCGAGCGCGACACCCUCCGGGCCAAGCUUGACACGCUCCGUUUCGAGUCCGAGACAGCAGCCACUGAGGCUGCUGACGCGGUGGCGGCGCUGCAGGCGAGCCUCGACCGGAGCGCCGGUCAACUCGCCGAGUCCGAAGCCGAGCGGUUCCAAGUUCGUGCGCAGCUCACUGCCAUGACUGCCGAGCGCGACGCUGCCCGCGCGACGGCUGCAGAGCUGCAGGCCAAGAUCGAGGCACAAGCCGAGCUCAUGAGCUCGCUCCAGGCGCUUGCCGCCGGCGAGCUUCCGGCGACUGUCGACUCUACCGGCCCUCCUGUCGCCGACGACGGAACUCGGCCCGAGUCGGGCAUGUGGGCCAUGAUUGUCGCCCUGCAAUCGGGGCUCAACCACACUCGCAAGGAGCUCGCGGCAGCGCGUGCCGACCUGGCCUCGGCCCGUAACGAGGGCGUCCAGUCAUGGCUGGCUGCCCUCGGCAAGCCAUUUGUCGAGCUGCAAGCUGCACUCCUUUCCACCCAUGACGCGGCGGAUGACGACGUUGGAGGCACUGAUGGUGCUCCCUGCUCCUGCGGCUGGGAGCGUUGCGCUGACAAGCUACGCGCCGAGCGCAAUGAGCUUGAGCGGCGAAUGCGAGCAAUAUCCGAGCUCGGCGAGGAGAACAAAAAGCGCAAGCGGAAGGAUCUCGAGCUGCAGGCUGCCGCAGCCGCUGAGCUGCAAGAGACACACGCCGCGACGGUCCAGGAGUGCACCAUGCUCCGGCUCUCACUCGAGUCGAUGGCAACCAAAUUGGAGGCCUCGUCCAACAUGCAGGUCCAGCUCCGUGCCGCCAAGCAAAUGGCGGAUGAUGCCGCCAAAGAGAUCGGCACCCGGUUGGCGGACACCCUCACCGAGCUCACCGCAGUGCAGACCCAGUACGCGUCGCUGCUGGAGAGCCAGAGCGGGGUGGGUGCAACUGAUAGCCUCGCUGGCUCGUCGGCUGCUCUCGAAGCCGUCUCGGAACUUACGAGGAAGAACAAUCAGCUCGAGGCAGAGCUUGAAGCUAUUCGGUCCGAGAGCGAGGCCAGCGCGCGUGCGCUCGGCGAGACCCGGGCCGACGUUGCCUUGCUGGAAAGCAAGGUGGCAAGCCACGCUGAGACCGAGCGGGCUCUGGCAGCAGCACAGGACGAGCUGGCACUCUCACGGACGUCGGCAGCGCAGUUGCGUGAGCGAAUCUCGUCGCUGCAAGCCCGGGUCGAGGCGCGCCAAGACGAGCUGGCGGCCACACGCAAGGCGCUUACCGAUGAGCACACCGCGCUGCGGACCGAACUUGAGAGCGUCAUUGCGGGCCUGCGGUCCGAGGUUGCUGCAUACAAGGACCAACUCUCGUCAUACCGCGAGUCGCUCGCCGAGCUAGAGGACUUCCGUGCGCAGGUGGCAUCGUCGCAAGAAGUUGUCAACGCUGUCAAGGUCGAAAGCCGCGAGGCGCUGGCGAGGUCGCGCGAGGCGUCGAGCCUCCUCGAGGCUGCGCUGGCCAAGAUGGAGGCGCGGGUGGUUGAGCUCGAGGCUGCGUUGACCGCUGAGCGUGAGAAGACGGUGAAGCUGGAGGCUGCGGCCGCCACCGCUCACGAGCGGGCUGCUGCUGAGGCUGCCAACGUCGAGGCAGUCAAAGCUGCUUGUCUCGAGCUCAAGGCACACAUCCUCGAGCUCCGCAAGAGCCACGCUGCCGAGUCUACAGGCCUCAAGAGCGAGUUGGCGACUGCGCGCGCUGCUGCUGCCGCCGCCGCAGCUGACAAUGCGACCAUGGUCGGCAAGCUCGCUGAUGCCGAGCGGUCGCUGAGCAAGCUCGCGGUCCGCAAGGCCGCGCUCCUCAACGAGGUCUCUCGGCUGGAGAGUGAGUUGGAGCUGGCAACGGCCGAAGCUGACGAUGUCCGGGCGCGUGCGCACCGUGGAUGGAUGGACAACUCGGAGACCGACGCGUGUGUGUGCGGCGCCAAGUUUACGCUUACCCGGCGGAAGCACCACUGCCGCCACUGUGGGCUCAUCUACUGCGCCGAGUGCUCGCCGCACAAGCUCCCGCUGGCGGGGUCGCGGAACCCGGUCCGUGUCUGCACGACGUGCCACACUGCGCUCACCACGCCAUCGACCGCCAGUCUGGCCAAGCGCCUUCCGAGCUCCUCUACCGCCAUCCGCUGACGACCGCGUCGUAGACCUCGUCCGGUGACGAGAGCUGGCCGUCCCGGAACGCCGCCAGCGCCGCAGCUUUGGCCGCGUGCAGCGCGCUCGCUGCAGCCUUGCGGUCGUCGCCUUGCCCGAGCCCACGCAUCACCGCCG